AUGAUGUCUAGCCAGUCGAUGUUCGUGGUCAGACUGGCUCAACCGACCUGCCCUACUAACACACGGUCGGAGACUCCUGCAAAGGCGAAGACCGAUCGAAAGGACCCCCCCGCGGAGUUUCUCUGGAUCAAUGCCCAGGAGGAGAAUCCCCGAGAUCGGGCAGCCUCCCGAGAGAAACAAUCCUUCAUUAGGGCGCGGCAUCACCGAUUAAAAAAAGAAGCCCGAAUGCAAAGCUUACAAACAUCCAUGGAGCCACUGCCGGCCGAUGGUGAUCAUCCACCGGCUGAGGCUGCCGACUACCAUCGGUCUAGCGAUGUGGAUUGUCAGGAUUCUGGGUAUGAGAGCUCGGUAAACCCCCAGUCUCCCGUCAUAUACCAGUCUCUCGAGGCGUGCAUUUCGAUGGCCUUCCCCUUUCUAUCUCGCCCUACAAACCAAAGUAUGACCAUCUAUCUCAAACAUUACCAAGUCCAUGCCACCAAAUUGUGUUUCCCUUUGGGUGACAAGCAAAUUACCUUCCGAUACCUGCGGACGGCACUGAAUCAUCCAGCUCUAGUCCAGAUCCUCCUCUCAACAAGCGCCUUCCAUCGGGCGACGGUUCACUCUGUUACCGGUGCCCCAUCUCAGAUGGUGCGCACUUCGACCCAAGAUGCGAUCCGGCUGCGGUCUGAGACCAUUAAAUCACUUCAGGCCAUCCUGAUCAAGCCAUACGAAUUUUACUCGGAGGCUACGUUGAGAGCAGCCGAAGCAAACGUAGAGGCAGUCCGCGCACAUGAGAAAGCUAUCAAGAAAAUAGUUGACGCUCUCGGUGGGUUAAACAAUUUGGGUUACGACGCAAUCUCCAUACUCUAUGUAUGUGACCUCAUGCGGGGGCUGAUCAAUGACUACCCCGUGCAGCUCAACAAGUCAUGGAAAUGGGAAUUCAAAGUCCGCAAGGACUGCUUUUUCCUCUGGGAACUCUGUCAAACCGAAACCCCUCCCUUCGUGGGACGCCGUUUCUUCAACUCAUCGUGGUCGUCAGGGCUCCAUCCACAGCUUCGAUCAACUCUUCGCUCACUACAGCAGCUGGUCUCCUUUUAUGAGAAUGUGGGCGCCUCAUCGAGGGAGCAAACACGGAUGGAUAAUGAUGGAUUGCUCCUUUUGAAUCACGAAUUGUUAUCCUUGGCACACGACCACUCACUCCCUGCCUUCCAAGAUACCCUGCGGCUCGCAGUUCUGGUCUAUACCGUGGUUCGAAUCAGAGGAUUCGCAGGGAUGCCUUGCGCGGGGAUCUUUGUUCGCAACCUUCGCAGAAGCCUCCAAAAAGGCAUAUUAUCUCUCGAAAGCACCGCCCCAGAUCUACUGAUGUGGAUGUUGUUCAUCGGAAGCCUGGCUUCAGGAGGGCGGGAUUGCCAUUCAUGGUUUUUGGCACAACUACAACAAACCGCCGGACGAUUAUCAUUAGAGAAGUGGGACGAUGCACUGGUAGUUCUGCAGGAGUUCUUCUUUGUCUGCCGUCCUUCAGAUGGGCCCGUAAAAGAGUUAUGGAAAUCGGCAUUCCAGGAAUAG